GGCGGCCGGCUAACGUGGGGUCGCGGCCCGGUGGCUCCGCGGCUCGGCGUCUUCCGCUCCGCCCGGUUCGCCUGGCUCGGCGCACAGUCCUCUCCCGCCGACGGCCUCGAGGCCUCUCGCCGACGCGCGGCCGAGACACCGGGGGGCGCGCGCGGGAGGCGGCGGCGGGGAGCGGGAGCGGCCACCCCGCGUCUCGGCUGAGCAGCCGGCUCUCUUGCUGGUCACCAAAUGCCACAGAUAUAGAUGAAAGAAGACAUUUUUCACCUGUGGAGCAGGAUUCACAGAUGGAUUCAGUGGAAAAGACGAGCAACAGAAGUGAACAGAAGUCGAGGAAGUUUCUGAAAAGCCUCAUCCGGAAGCAGCCGCAGGAGCUGCUGCUGGUCAUCGGGACGGGCGUGAGCGCCGCCGUGGCCCCCGGCAUCCCCGCGCUCUGCUCCUGGAGAAGCUGCAUCGAGGCCGUCAUCGAGGCGGCCGAGCAGCUGGAGGUGCUGCACCCCGGGGACGUGGCCGAGUUCCGCAGGAAGGUGAUGAAGGACCGGGACCUGCUGGUCGUGGCCCAUGACCUGAUCCGGAAGAUGUCUCCUCGCACCGGUGACGCCAAGCCCAACUUCUUCCAGGACUGCCUGAUGGAGGUGUUCGACAGCCUGGAGCAGCACAUCCAGCACCCGGCCGUGCUGCAGUCCAUCCUCAGCCUGAUGGACAGAGGCACCAUGGUGCUGACCACCAACUACGACAACCUGCUGGAGAUCUUCGGGCAGCAGCAGAACAAGCCCAUGGAGUCGCUGGACCUGAAGGACAAGUCGAAGGUUCUUCAGUGGGCCAGGGGCCACAUCAAGUACGGGGUUCUGCACAUCCACGGCCUCUACACCGACCCCUGCGGCAUGGUCCUGGACCCCUCGGGCUACAAGGACGUCACCCAGGACCCGGAAGUCAUGGAGGUCCUGCAGGACCUGUACCGCACCAAGUCUUUCCUGUUCGUGGGCUGCGGGGAGACGCUGCGCGACCAGAUAUUCCAAGCGCUCUUCCUCUACUCGGUGCCCAACAAGGUGGACCUGGAGCACUUCAUGCUGGUGCUCAAGGAGCACGAGGACCACUUCUUCAAGCACCAGGCCGACAUGCUUCUGCACGGGAUCAAGGUGGUGUCGUACGGGGACCAUUUUGACCACUUCCCGGGAUACGUGCAGGACCUGGCCACCCAGAUCUGCAAGCAGCGGAGUCCGGAUGCCGAGCGAGUGGACAGCACCACGCUGCUAGGUGCCGCGUGUCAGGACUGCGCAAAGAGGAAGAUGGAGAAGAAUGGAAUGGAAGUUUCAAAGAGACCCCGAUCCUCCGACGCGGAUGAUGCUGGCGGGUCUUGAGAUCUUUAAAGCCAUCGCCAGGCUGCCACGCGAAGCCGCUUCUGCGCCCGCAGUGCUGUCCGUGUCCACGCCAUCAGGAGCCCGCCGCCAGGGCCCCCUCCCCCCACGCGCCCCUCAGUGGGGCCUGCGGGCGGCUCCGAGGUGACACAAUCAGGGACACCGCAAGGACUCCGGGCCAGCUACCUCAGGGACCGAGGCUGCAGGAGGGGGACGCCCGUGGUCCCCAUUGCCACGCCACGCGCUGCCCCGGCCGGGGCGGGCGGUUCCCUCUGCAGGCGAGCGCGAAGACCGGCCAAGCCGAGAGCCGCGGCGCGGAUGCCGGACCGGCUGCUUCCCCGUGGGGACGCGUUGCCUAGUGUAGGAAACCAGGAUGUUCCCCCAUUGCUAAAUAUAGAGAGCGCGCCUCCAGGCGCUGGGGGCCCGCGAAUGCUGCGUGGUUUUUCUAAGCCCUGACCGGACAUCCUCUGGAAUUCGGACGCUGCCCUAACUUCUGAAGAAAUGACAGGUCUGCCUGUUGGUGCAGAGUCCAGACAGCCAGAGGCCUUUCCAGAAGAGGAGCGGAGUGUGCCAGGCCAUGAUGAGACUGACAAGGGAGGGGCACCAGGGGGCACGAGACCAGGUGGAGUCUGAGUUCGAAGCUCCCCACAUCUCGCUGCUGUGGUGGCCCAGUCUUUGUCCUCUGACGGCCCGUGCCGCCCCCUGGUGGCUCACGGAGAGGCUUGCGGGACCCGCGCACGGAGAGCUCUGCGCUGUGCCCGGGGCUGCCACCAUUGUGCCAGGGGCCUCCUGGAAGUGCAGGACCUAAGACGAAGCCGCCUCUGAAAUCAAGUCCUGCAGGGUUUUAAGUUGCGGCCGCAGUCUUGGAUGAGACACCCCCAUAGCUACAGGAAAGUUAGGCACAGGAAACCGAAGCUGGGGCGUACGGGGCAUGGGUCAAGCCAGAGGUGUGCAGAAGGUCCUCCUGCUGCUCCUUUUA